AGAGAAGACAGUCAGCAUCCAUCAUGGCUGUUAACAUCCCAGGAGUGAUAGCCAUGGCGUUUUUCUACCUGUUGGUCCUUGGGACCGGCAUCUGGGCUUCUUUCAAGUCCAAGAGGAAACAGAAGGAAAGUGGAGCCCCUGGAAUGGAGAUGACCCUGCUGGGGAACAGGAGUAUCAACAUGGUGGUGGGGAUCUUCACAAUGACAGCUACGUGGGUUGGAGGAGGCUUCAUCGUUGGAACAGCUGAGAUGAUCUACACGCCCUCUAUGGGACUAACCUGGACACUCAUGAUGAUAAUGGCGUACAGCUCAUCUUUUAUUAUUGCUGGCUCAGUGUUUGCAAAGCCUCUGAGAGAAAGAAACUGUGUGACCAUGCUGGACCCUUUCCAUGCCAAGUAUGGAAAAGCACUAACAGGUGGACUGAGCCUGGCUUCACUUUGUGUAGAUGCACUCAUGGUGACCACAACACUAAUUGGAUUAGGAGGAACCAUGAGUGUGGUCCUGGAUUUGUCCUACACUGUGUGCAUCUGGAUCUCUGCUGCCGUUGCCAUUACCUACACACUGCUGGGAGGUCUCUACUCUGUGGCCUACACAGAUAUUAUACAGCUUGUGCUCAUAUUUGUCAGCUUGUGGAUCUGUGUUCCCUUUGUUUUGAUGAACCCACACUCCUUGGACAUUGGUGAGACACUGAGGAACAACACCUUACAUGCUCCUUGGCUUGGUAGACCGGGGCUGAAAAAGACCUGGAUAAUGAUGGACGAUUUCUUAUUCUUUGCACUGGGGAGUAUGGGAUAUCAGUGCUUCCACCAGAGGACCUUGUCGGCAUCUUCCACGUCCACAGCAAAGGUCAUGUGUCUUAUUGCUGCUUUCGUGUUACUUAUAUUUGGGAUACCUCCAGUACUGCUCGGGGCAGCUGCUGCAUCCACAGACUGGAACCUGACCUCCUAUGGUUCUCCAUCUCCAUAUGAACGUGGGGAAUCAGCUAUAGUUCUUCCCAUCACCCUGCAGCACCUCACCCCGGCCUUUGUCUCCAUUAUCGGUACUGGAUGUGUGGCCGCUGCUGUGAUGUCGUCAGCUGACUCUGCAUUGCUUUCUGCAGCUUCUGUCUUCACCUCCAACAUAUACAAGAACAUCCUGAGGCCUCAGGCAUCAGAGAGAGAGACUCAGUGGGUGAUCCGUGCUUCUGUGUUGGUAGUGGGCUUGAUUAGUACAUCGCUGACCAACCUGAGAAACAGCAUCCUAACAUUUUGGUUCACUGGUGCUGAAGUGGCCUACAUUGUAAUCUUCCCUCAACUCGUUUGCGUCCUCUUCUUCAACAUCUCCAAUGGUUACGGGGCUGUUAUUGGUUUGCUGGUGGGAUGUGUGUUGAGACUGCUCAGUGGAGAGCCCUCACUAGGAUUACCACCUGUCAUACACUUCCCAGGAUGCACUCUUGAGGAUGGUGUUUAUGUCCAGUACUCUCCAGUGAAGACCAUCUCCAUGCUGUCUGCCACUGCUGCCAUCUUGUUGUUCUCCUAUCUGGUUUCUGUGCUCUUCAACAAAGGGCUGCUUCCUGAG